CUUUGGGAAUUGCUUUUGGGGGAAAGUCUCCUCCUUUCGCACGAGGAUUUGGUCCCGGUCCAAACUCCACUCGUUUCUGAAGUCAUUGUGCAAGUUUGCACAUUUUGCAAACAACCAUCCAAAACUUCACUGCCAUCGAGGCCGGUUUGCGGAGGGGAAAAACGAACGAUUUGCCAAGAGAAGAUGACCGAGAGCAAGGAAAUCAGUCAUUCAUCCGAAACUCGGGAUGUCUCAGAAGAGGAUCCUGCAGCGUCCCUCUGGACCACUUCGGCUGAAGGGACGGUGAGGCUGCGGACGGACCCCACUUGUCCCCAGGCCCCAAUGACCGUCCACGAAAUGUUCCAGGAAUCCUUAGAGAAAUACGGAUCCUUGGAUGCUAUGUCCAGCAAAAAGGACGGGAAGUGGGAAAAAAUCACCUUCUCGGAAUAUUACCGCCUUUCUCGGAAAGCAGCCAAAAGUUUCCUGAAGCUCGGCCUCCAGCGCUUCCACAGCGUCGCGAUUCUCGGAUUCAACUCUCCCGAAUGGUUCAUUUCGGCCGUCGGGACUGUUUUUGCCGGGGGCAUCGUGACUGGCAUCUACACCACCAGCUCUCCGGAGGCCUGCCAUUAUAUUGCCCACGACUGCAGAGCCAAUAUCAUCGUGGUCGAAAAUCAGAAGCAACUGGACAAAAUAACGCAGAUCUGGGACCGCUUGCCCCUCUUGAAGGCGGUGGUGAUGUACAAAAGCCCUUUGCUGGAGAAACGUCCUAAUUUGUACGCGAUGGACGAAUUUAUGGAAUUAGGCAACGAGAUCCCGGACCAAGAGCUCGAUGUGAUCCUCCGCUCCCAAAAGCCUAACCAAUGUUGCGUCCUGAUCUACACUUCGGGAACGACCGGGAAGCCCAAAGGAGCCAUGCUGAGCCAUGACAACAUCACCUGGACCUCAGCUCACGCCAGCCGCGCGGGCGACAUGCAGCCGGCUGAAAUCCAGCAAGAGACCAUCGUCAGCUACCUUCCGCUCAGCCACAUUGCGGCCCAGAUCUACGACCUUUGGACCGGGAUCAAGUGGGGAGAGCUGGUUUACUUCGCAGAGCCAGAUGCCUUGAAGGGAGGGCUGGUGGACGUCCUGAAAGAGGCCCGGCCCACCUCGCACAUGGGGGUCCCGCGGGUCUGGGAGAAGAUCAUGGAGAAGAUCAAGGACGUCUCUUCCCAGUCCGGGUUCCUGAAGAAAAAAAUGCUCUCCUGGGCCAUGUCGGUUAGUCUGGAGCGAAACCUGAACUGCUCCAACAGUGAACUAAAGCCCUUUCGGAUGCGCCUGGCCGAGGCUCUGGUCCUCGCCAAAAUCCGCAACGCUUUGGGCUUCUCUCGGUGCCAGAAGCAUUUCUCUGGAGCGGCUCCUCUUCCGUCCGAAGUGACGCAGUUCUUCCUCGGCCUGAACAUCCCUUUGUACCAAGCCUAUGGCAUGAGCGAGACCACCGGCCCGCACUGCAUGUCGGGACCAUACGUUCACAGACGCGGCAGCUGUGGCAAAGCUGUCUCAGGUUGCAAAGUGAAGCUCUCCAACAAAGACACCGACGGCAACGGAGAGAUUUGCUUUUGGGGCCGGACAGUGUUCAUGGGCUACUUGAACAUGGAGGACAAAACCAGGGAAGCCUUUGACGAAGACGGUUGGCUUCACUCUGGAGACCUGGGAAAGAUUGACCGCGACGGGUUUGUCUACGUCACCGGGAGAAUUAAAGAGAUCAUCAUUACAGCCGGGGGUGAAAACGUUCCCCCAAUCCCCAUUGAAGACGCCGUCAAGAAGGAAUUGCCGCUCAUUAGCAACGCCAUGCUAGUUGGAGAACAGAAGAAAUUCUUGUCCAUGCUGCUGACUUUAAAGUGUGCAAUAGAUCUCGAAACAUCGGAGCCGACGGAUGCUUUGACCCAGGAGGCCAGGGAUUUUUGCCAGAAAGUCGGAAGCCAGGCGUCUAAAGUGUCCGAAAUUGUCCGGAUGAGAGACCAGGCCGUUUUCGGGGCCAUCCAAGACGGCAUCGACCGGGUCAACGCAUGCGCGGCCGCCAAUGUCCAACGCAUCCAGAAAUGGGCCGUCUUGGAAAAGGAUUUCUCCAUUUCCGGAGGAGAAUUUGGUCCGACAAUGAAGCUCAAGCGGCAAGCGGUUGCUGAGAAAUACAAAGAGGAAAUAGAUUCCUUUUACAGGAAUUAAACAUCGACAGGACUAGGAUAGAUUUAUCGUCCACUGUGACACCGAGCCCUUGAUGGAGUGCUUCCUCAUUCUCCCACACGCUGCUGGACAUUUUUAUGGUGACGUAAAUUAGUUAAAUUAGCCUCCUCACAUAAAGCGGUACCUACAUUUCACUCUCGACUUGAAGGCAAGUAGCUAGUUCUGUGGAUAACGAUCCACUCCUUUAGUACGCCACAAAAUGAACCGAUUAGUUCUAGAUAGAUCCUUUCCCACUACUCCUGUCCUUUAUUCUGAAACAGACUAACGUGGCUAGCUACCUUUUUUAAAAAAAUUAAAUAUUAAUAAAUCAUAAAUUAAAUAAUAAA